GGUUUUCCCUGUGAGUCAUAGCAGAAUUAAGAAUGAGCCCGCCCGUUCAUGUCAUGUGGCGUAAUCGAACAGGCUUUCGGUUGUCGUAAACAGAAAAGGAGUGUUUCCAUACAUGAAGUCUGUCACACGAGUAUGACAUAUCCAGCCGCGCUUCUCUUGGAGCAGAGUGAUACAGUCAGAGCCUGAAGCUGAACGUGCUGCUAGUGGAGGAGAGUGUUGCUGUUCCUUGCACCUCCCCCUGGAGUAAAGGAACGGCCCGCCACUUAGCAUCACGCGUUUGACAAGAUGGCAGCAGUUUAUCAGCGGCUCCACGACAUGUCACAGACCCACGUUUGUAACUUCCGGCCACCUAGCGGUGAGAGGGAACAACAAAGGGAGACAAUUCUGAACGAUCUGUAUCACCGCAAAUAUCGUCUUGUGGUCCUGUAUGGGGAAAUUUUCGCUGGUAAAACCCACUUUGCCAAACAGGUAAUCGAUGGCUUAAAAGAGAUUCAACUCAAGGCAUGUGGCAAUGCUCUGAAUCACGUGACGGUCCGAUGUCUUGGUGUGAGCACGUGGUUAGACUUCCUCAAGCGAUUGGCUGAUGCUCUUGGUCUCAACACUACCCUUCUGGGUCCGUCCGAGUUGAAGAUUAAAGACAAAAUCGGUGACCUCAUUAGACAUCUACCUGGCGUUGGUCUCAUUCUUCUGUUUACGAACUUCGAAGAUGUCUUCUCCAAUGAAGCUGUCAGGCGGAUGUUCAGCCUCUUUCUGAAUGAUGCUCUAGAUUCGCACUCAGGUUUGAGCGUGCUUGUGACGUCACGGGUCAACGUUUCAUUUUUGUCCCGCCAUGAUGCGAUUCCAUGCAAAUUGCUUCCCAUGUGCGAACGAGAAUGUGUGGCUUUGUUGAAUCCAGUGCGUUCACGAUGCAGGUCUCUAGCCACGCUUUACAACAUCGUCAGACGUUGUUGCCAUCGCCCAGGACUAAUCCUAAGAACUUGCCACAUGUUACAACAUUAUUCCUCAGCCCUUACACCAGACGAAGUUGCUGAGGCUCUACAAGACCCCAAGAGCGCUCUGGAUGUGUUCAGCAAGUACCCCACAGCUGAUGGGUGCGUUGUUAAUGCUCUUGAGGAACAGUUAGGUCGUCUAGCUCCGGAGCUAAAAUCAGACACAAUCACACUCUGUGGUCUUGACGGAGAGUUUGGUGUCAAAGAGGCCUCAAGACGUCUUAGAAAGGGAAACGUAAUCGACUUCAAAUUGAAGACAGCUUUGCCCUUGCGUGAUCAUAACAUACUUAACUUUGAUCCAGGAAUGCGGCAAAUUAGACUCGAUCCUUUCAUCCGAGCCUUUGUGGCAACCAAGUUACAUGUGCCUCAUCACGACUCCCGCCGGAAGUUGAUGGAGGAUUUACUUGGACAGAUGUUGUUGCUCAUGCGUUGUGAUGCUUCUGUGAAAACAAAAGGGAGAGCACUCGGGUUUGCCCAUGACAACUUCCGGUCUUUUGAAAUGACUGUGACUCAGGCUGUUAAUGCCCGUGAAGAGGAAACGUUUAAUGCUUAUUUUAAGGUCAUUGACCAGGAGGAGUGUAUGAUGGCUGCAGUGUGUCCAGACAAGGCGGUCACUUUCUACAGACAGAUGGCCGAGGCUGCCUGUAAGUUCGGUACUCCCAGACAGCAAGCAAUUCUAGAGGGUUUCACGGCCGUGUCACUCAUCGAGCAAAGAGGGGACCAACUUUCUUUAGGAGUGUCAUUGGUGACUGAAGCAUUGCAAAAGCUGACUGUCGGAGAGGACAAUUACCAUCGUGUUGUGCUCAUGCGCAGACUUGGAUGGAUGCAAGUGCGGCUUGGCAAUAAUGAAGAGGCCAAAAGGCGACUGACCGAGGCACUAAAGACCCCUGUCCCUACUGAACUUAAUGAAAGGGUGGAACCUCAUCGGAUUCAGAUUCUGUCCCACCUCGCUAUCGUCAACAGCUACUUAGGCAACUACCCCGAGACUGAGAGGAUACUUCGGCGCACUAUCCCCAGGGCUAACCAGGUCAUGCCGGGACACCCGGUGCUUGCAGUGCUUAUACAGACCAUGGGCGUCAACUUCGAUAGGCAGUGCCAGCUGGACAAGGCGUUGGUGUACUACAAGAUGUCCUGUCAUGAACGGAGGAAGCUGGCCUCCACACUGCCCACGUACCUCGUCACCAACCUCAACAACCUCGCCUCCAACUACACAUGGCGGGGGGAUUGUGACAAGGCUCUCCGGCUUCUCACGGAAGCUCUCAACCUGAGACGGAAGCUUGGUUGGUAUGACUUCAACACGGCCCUCACACUGUGGUACAGGGGCAACGCAUACUGUCUCAAAGGUCUUCUGGAUGACGCCAUCAUGUCCUGUCACCAGGCUCUCGAAGUCAUCAUCCGAUGCACACCACGCCACUCCUCCAACGUUGACAUUAGACUCUCGCUCGCGCAUGCGUACAUGGCUAAAGGUGACCGGAAGAAGGCGGAAGGAACUCUCAUGGAAACCUUGGAUUAUGUUCGUCUAUUCCAGUCAAACAUGAACGAGGUCAGCCUACUGUUGGCUCUGGAACAUCUGGUCCUGAUGAGGGAAGGUGAGAAGGAUUUCGGGAGGGUCCACAAGCUGCUCACACAGGAGGCACAGCGUUUGAUCGACGUGUUCAGAGAUACAGACUCCAAAACGAGUCUUUCUAUUCACCGGAAGUUGUCACUGUGGCGAGUAUAUUGUGGCGAGGUGUUGUGUAGGAGCGAGAACAGAAAAAAUGCAACUAGUCACAUCGACUGGAAGAAUCUCUUUAAAUGUCAAUACUGCAGCAUGCUGGGCUACAGUGAUGAAAACUGGAGGUCUGAUCGUGCGAUGUAGCGUUUUGUAUGGUGUGCACUACUCAUGUCAGUGAUAUCUAAGGGACAGAUCACUGACAUGCAUGGUGUGUGUGUGUGUGCGUGCGUGCGUGCGUGCACCCCAACCUCCCCUCAUCGAACACCCAUGAAAAUAUUUUCGCUCGACAUUCCAAGUGUCCAGAAAGAAAUGUGUUGUGAAGAUAUAUUAAACUUUUCAGCUGUAUUGAAUGCUAAGCCCCUUGAUGUAUAGUGAUUUUAUCCUUUAUAGAAGCAAGCCGAGAUAAGAGGAAGCCAGUCUGUUAUUUUCAUUUUUUAGAAAUUUUCGUUUAAACUAUUAAUUAUUACCUUAUGAUACCUUUUAAAACCUGUACAAGUCAAAGCUCCUGUCUGAUUGUACAGUUAACAAAAUUAUGAACUUCCGAGUUAGCUCCUUCGGCAUGUGAAAGGUUAAAUUCAUACCAAUUUCAAUGUUGCUAUGGUUACAGUUUCUCCCAGACUAACAUCACCAAUUUCAUGCUGAUCCGUAGUAAAGUGUAACACACAGCUUUGGACUUCACGCCUUCAUAUUUGACUGAAAUGCUGUUGAAAACUGCGCUAAUCCAAACUCACUCACUUACAAUGUGAGUAGCAAGAGAACUAUCCAUAUACCAAGUUACCGAUAAUACUUUAAUUUUUAUUAUUUCACGGAUUUCCGGUAACAGAUAAUUUGUUCCACUAGAAUAAUUUACUUCUUCAGUACCUUUUGUGGAAAAGAUGAAUUGACAGUAUGUACUUUUUGAUAUCCUCUCCACGUUUAUGAAGGGAAAUGUUCAUUCCAGAAUGUAAUCUAACUUACCUUUUAAAGUCCCAACAAAGCCCUAAUCCGGCCAAAUUCCAUGUCUUUGCUCUGAGUGAAAAAGAUUCGUGCACAUGUUCAUUGUAACUCUUUAAUAUUGUAUACUCAUGGAAAGGAAUAAGGGAACACAUGAAAGUACAAGUGUUUCUUUGUUCUUUUCCAGGUUUCACAAGGUAUGUAUUACACUGUCUGUGAAAGUCUGGAAAUGGAUAAAGGAACACUGGUAUUUUCCUGUGUUCCCGUAUUUGUUUCCAUGAGUAUAUGUUCACGGAGUAUCUGUAGUAUGGAUCAUGUUUCCGUCUCUAGAAAUAAAGAAUGUUGAGUU